AGGCAAAGUUUCUUCCGCACGCGCGCAGCGACGCUGUGAGAAAGUUGAGCGCGCGCAAAAAAAAACACAUGCACGAGGCAAAACUUACGCGUCGCUAACAUUGGCGAUAAGUUUGCGUGAGAUUUAACUCGAAUAAACGAGUGUACGAAGCUGCGUGUGAUUAAACAUGGAUAUAUUUAAAGACGUGAACGAGUUUACACAUAUGCAAAUGAUGCAACGGGUUCUGGAGGUGUUUGAGGGUCGUCCUAAUUUCCAACGGCUAGUAAGACUUGGCCUUCUUGCCGAACUGGACUACAGUGACGAUGUUGAAGAGGUUACAGCUGACGAUAUCGACGCAUACGACGACUGGGUACAUGGUCGUAACAAUUCCCGUAGAAGCCAAAGGCUGUCUGACAGUGGUGCUGAUAGAGCAUUCAGUGGGAGCAGUACAAGGUCAUCCAGCUCUGGUUAUCAGCUUCAGCCUCAUUGCUACACCGCAGGUCAUGAACUUCCUCACACACCAUCUGUAAAGGUUCAGGCAAAGGAGAGCGAUGCUGAAAGAAGAGCCAGAUUAUUACAAGAAGCACAAAAAGGCAAACGAAAGACUGAGAAGAAGCGGCUUAAGAAACAGAAACAGAAGGAAAGAAAAAGGCUCGAGAAAUUGGAGAAGGAAAAACAGAACCCUGUAAAAAAUGAAGAGGAAAAAGAUGAUACACAGCAAACUAAAGCAGAGGAGAGUAAACCAGUUAAUGAUAAAUCCACAUCAAGUGUUAAAGAGUUGGCUUCAGCAAAAGAUAUAGACAGUAGUGAAGAUGAAUCCAGUGAUGACGAUAGUGACUCCAAGAAUGACUCAGGCGACUCCGAGGAACUGGACAUGGCAAGUAGUUUCGUGAAUAAAGCUGCUCUUAUAGCCAGACGGAAAUUGGAACAGAAGCCCAAACCUGAGAGGAAGGAGAAAAAGAAGAUUCCAGUUAAAGAGGAACCUAAACCCGUCCCUGAGAAACCUAAUGACAAACCGCGGGUUGAAAAGAAGUCUGCCGCCCCUAGCAGCACCGCUUUUGAAGAUAAUCUAAAAAUAAGUACUGAACUUGGAAAUUUGGGAAAUAGUUUUGCAAGUGCUGGAAACUUUAAUAUGGCCGUUAAGUAUUUCACAGAUGCAAUUAAAUACAACCCUACAGAGUAUAAGUUGUUUGGCAAUCGUUCCUUCUGUUUUGAAAAGAUGCAAGAAUAUACGAAGGCACUGACUGAUGCGGAGUUGUCUCUCAGCAUUUGCCCAGGCUGGGUUAAAGGUUUAUUUAGGAAGGGCAGAGCUUUGGCAGGUCUAAAGAGGUAUGAUGAGGCUGCACAGGCCCUCAUGGAGGUUCUUAAGCUGGACAGUUCAUGUGCAGAAGCUGCCCUGGAACUGAAGCGGGUGGAGAUAAUACAACUAAUGGAGUAUGGUUUCACUUUGGAGCAGAGUUCAGAAGCUUUAUCCACUCAUGGGACUGUAAAAAAAGCUCUAGAGGUUCUGUCCAAGUUACACCACCGUCCAGGAGCUAAUCAAAAUGGCACACGUCCACCGGCUCAAGUAGCAAAUGUCAGUGGUGUCUCUCCAGUCCUUUCUGCCAACACCAACAUUGCUCCUGCCCAAUCUCAGGAUCCAAAAGCAGCACCUCAGAACAAACCUUUAGGUCCAGUCCAGAAUAUGUCCAAUGUCAGGAGUCAACCAAAGCCCGCUCAUAACCAGGCCAUGAGUGCCACCAAAGACAAUACCACACCACAGGAGCUGUUUCCAGUUUGGGUUGGAAACUUGAUGAACCCAGUAUCCGACACCGUGAUAACGAACCUGUUUAGCAAGGCCGGGGUCGUCCAUAGUGUGAAGGGUCUGACUUACAAACGAUGUGCCUUUGUAAACUUUACAAAACAAGAGUAUUGUGAUGAAGCAAUCCGACGCUUUCAUGGCACUGAGCUGCACGGCAACAGGAUUGCUGUGAGAUAUCCAGACAGGAUUCCUCACGGUAUGGGCAUUUCCAGAUCUGCCCUCAAAGCUCACAACCUGCAAGAUGAGAAUGCAGGGCAAAACGAUUACGUUGAGGGGAGGAAUGCAGUUGGAAGCCGAAGACCUUUUCGUCCUUAUAGACCCUUCCCCGACUACAGAGGCAACCAGAAGAAUUGAAAGGAAACAAAAUGCCUACGAGUUGCCCUGAGGGGCAAAAAUGUCCUCCUCAAUAAAAUCAGAAUCACUUACACUGUCCGAUACACAUUUAUCAAGAGUAUUUACAUGGUUUUCUUUUAUAGAAGAAGGAACGCAGUAUUAGUCUGAAAAUGAAUCCCUCUGAUCUAAACAAUUUUUAUACUUUUCUCCAGUUUAUGUAAAAUGGCAAUUUUAGGUACAGUAUUAGUAACAAAAACGUCUUGAUGCCAAGAUUAUAAAGCCAGACCGACAUAUUGAAGGACAAAUAUUUUAAAUGUCCGUAUACAGAAAGUCACAGUUCAUAAAUGACAUAUUUCACGUUACAUUUCCAAACUGGGAAUAUACGUUAUUGUGAUUUUGACCGUAUUUGCAUAUUGUGGCUUUAAAGGAAAAACAAAGAGCCUCACGUUUAUGGGCUUUCAGAAUCUCAACUACUCACUAUAUACGUUUUAAAAGAAGCUGCUUGCUAUAAACAAUAUUUACAUUGUUGCGUACUUGCUGUUUAAUCAUUCAUGGUUCAUUUUGCAUCCAUAAGAUGAAUUUCUUCAGUGGUGGUUGAUAACAGGGUGGCAUAUCUCUAUCUUUUAUUCAGAUGCAUUUAUUAAUUAUGGUGUUUUUUUUUUGUUUUGUUUUUUUCCUUUUAAAUUUCAUCUUUAUAGAGCACUGAUAGUACAAUAUUCACAAAAUAAAACUUUGGACCAAUGCUCACAUCAUUUUUUUUUUUUUUUUGGUAUGACAAAUGCCAUCCAGAGAGUAAGAAAGGAUAAUAAUAGUAAAAUAUAUAUAGUUCACAUGGAUGAAUAUCACCACUGUGCAAAUACUAGAGGGAUGUUAAGUGGGCCAAGUAUGUCAGCACUGGAUCCCCUGAGAGUAUUUUAUUUUCUCUAACUGUGGUUUAAUGCAGUUCAUACAGAGACGCACUAGGUGGAUUUUUGGAUUUCCAAUGUAAUAAAAUUCUUUUGCGUGCAAAGCAGUGUUGUAAAAGCAAUGAUGUUUUUAUAUCUUUUCCUUAUUGCAGAAUAUCUUCUGCCCUGUAGUACCAAAUCUGGCCAUUACUGCAUUGGGUUGUAGGUCAAUAUUAAGAGAUUCUGACAAU